CUAGAAAAUUUCUAUUUAAAAAAACAAAAAAAGAAAGAAACGCACGGUGCGUUUCGGAAGCAACUGCAGAAGAAGAGGAGCUUCCUCUUUUUCCUCAGCGAGUAGCGUAAAGCUGCUAGGGUUUUGGUGUUAGGCUUACAGUUACAGACUUACAGAUUACAGUUAAAAUUCCUUGCAUCAGACUACUCAAACCUUCAAGGGAAUACGCAGCAUUCUCGAGUCUCAACAGCAAGUAUUUCUUCUAUAUGCUCUUCCUCCUCCUGGACUGUCUUCGUUCCAGCUUCUCAGUCCUCCGAGCUUCAUCUGCUUCGCAAAUUUCUUGUAUCUUCAGAUCGUUUAACUUUUCGGGACUGUGCUGAAGAAUUUGAAGACUUCCAACAUGCUUGUUUGUAAUCCUGCUAAUAAGCUAUCUUUUAAUCGAUUCAUUAGCAAUGGCGAUUUGGUUAUUGUUUAUGAGAGGCAUGACAGCAUGAAGCCAGUAACGGUGUCUGAAAACUCUGUCCUCCAGAAUCGUUUUGGAGUUUUCAAGCAUUCUGACUGGAUAGGAAAGCCAUUUGGUUCCAAGGUGUUCAGCAAUAAGGGUGGUUUUGUAUACUUGUUGGCUCCUACUCCAGAGUUAUGGACUCUUGUAUUAAGCCAUCGGACUCAGAUUCUCUAUAUUGCUGAUAUUAGCUUUGUAAUCAUGUACCUGGAGAUUGUUCCUGGUUGCUUGGUGAUGGAAUCUGGAACUGGAAGUGGGUCUUUGACCACGUCUCUUGCAAGGGCUGUUGCUCCUACGGGACAUGUCCAUACGUUUGAUUUCCAUGAACAAAGAGCUGCAUCAGCUAGGGAAGAUUUUGAGAGGACGGGACUAAGCAGCUUGAUCAGUGUGAAUGUGAGACAUAUCCAGGGUGAGGGAUUUCCUGAUGAAUUUGCUGGUUUAGCUGAUGCUGUAUUUCUUGAUCUACCCCCCUGGCUAGCCAUUCCUUCAGCUGCAAAAAUGUUAAAAGAUGGAACUUUGUGCUCAUUCUCUCCAUGCAUUGAACAAGUACAACGAUCAUGUGAAGCACUCCAAACCAGCUUCACAGAUAUAAGGACAUUUGAGGUGCUCCUGCGAACAUAUGAAGUUCGAGAAGAGAGAAUGGAUGGGAUUGUAGGGGAAGGGAAUGCUGCUAAUGGUUCUCUUCCCUGCAAGAGAAGGCAAUGUUCUGAUGGAAGCAAUGUGCUUAGCAGUAGCAGUAGUGUUUCUACUGUUAUGGCUAGACCUAAUGGUGAAGCAAGAGGUCAUACAGGCUAUUUGACAUUUGCAAGACUCAAAUGCCUCUCAUGAGCGGUGGUAGUGCACUUGUUUCCUUCCAAUUUUGUGACAGAUAUAAAGCUCUGUAUUUAAUUUUAGCCUCAGGUAACAAUUCUUUGUUCAAUCUAAUGCUUUUCUCGUAGGAGAAAAUUCUGAUAGAUGCUUCUUGGCUUCAACCUGCUUCAAAAUUAGUGCAAUAACUAGAAGUGAAAAUUGGUUUUCCAUAUGUCAAACCCAUUUAGUUAGGUUCGGUUGUUAAUUUGAGUAUUUUUGUUGAUUGAAUUAUGCAUUAAUGA